AUGCCCCUGCCCUGGGGCCUCGCGCUCCCGCUGCUGCUCCCCUGGGUGGCAGGUGGAUUAGGGAACGCUGCCAGUCCAAGGGAUCUUGGGUUGUUGACAUCAGCACGCCAGCCUGGGGUCUGUCACUAUGGAACCAUACUGGCCUGCUGCUACGGCUGGAGAAGGAACAGCAAAGGAGUCUGUGAAGCUGCCUGCGAACCUGGAUGCAAGUUUGGGGAAUGUGUGGGACCAAACAAAUGCAGAUGCUUUCCAGGAUACACGGGGAAAAGCUGCAGUCAAGACGUGAACGAGUGUGGAGCGAAGCCCCGGCCGUGCCCACACAGAUGUGUGAACACCCACGGCAGCUUCAAGUGCUUUUGUCUCAGUGGCCACAUGCUCAUGCCAGAUGCCACAUGUGCGGACUCUAGGACGUGUGCCAUGACAAACUGCCAGUACGGCUGUGAAGACACAGAGGAAGGGCCACGGUGUCUGUGUCCAUCCCUGGGACUCCAUUUGGCCCCAAACGGGAGAGUCUGUCUAGAUAUUGAUGAAUGCGUCUCUGGUAAAGCUGUGUGUCCCUACAAUCGAAGAUGUGUGAACACAUUUGGAAGUUACUACUGCAAAUGUCACGUUGGUUUUGAACUGCAAUAUAUCAGUGGCCGAUAUGACUGCGUAGAUAUAAACGAAUGUGCUGUGAAUACCCAUACAUGCAGCCUCCAUGCCAAUUGCCUCAAUACCCCAGGAUCCUUCAAGUGUAAAUGCAAGCAGGGAUAUAAAGGCCACGGGCUGCAGUGUUCUGCCAUUCCUGAAAAUUCCGUAAAGGAAGUCCUCAGAGCACCUGGUACCAUCAAAGACAGACUCAAGAAGCUGCUUGCUCACAAAAACAGCAUUAAAAAGAAGGUAAAAAUUAAAAAUCUCACCCCAGAACCUGCUGGGACUCCCACAUCUAAGGUUAACUUGCAGCCCUCCAACUAUGAAGAGAAUGUUUCCAGAGGGGGGAAUUCUCCUGGGGCGGAGGGGACUGACGAGCGAAUGAAAGAGGAGUUUGAGGAAGAGAAGAGCGAAGAGAAAGCCCUGAAGAACGAUGUGGAGCAGGAGCGAAGCCUUCGAGGAGAUGUGUUCUCCCCGAAGGUGAACGAAGCCAGUGAACUGGGUCUGGUUCUGGUCCAAGGAAAAGCACCACCUUCCAAGCUAGAACACAAAGCAGAUUUAAAUAUCUCAGUUGACUGCAGCUUCGAUCAUGGGCUCUGUGACUGGAAGCAGGAUAGAGAAGAUGAUUUUGACUGGAAUCCUGCUGAUCGAGAUAAUGCUGUUGGCUAUUAUAUGGCAGUUCCAGCCUGGGUAGGCCACAAGAAAGACCUUGGCCGACUGAAACUUCUCCUCCCUGACCUGCAGCCCCAAAGCAACUUCUGUUUGCUCUUUGAUUACCGGCUGGCUGGAGACAAAGUAGGGAAACUUCGAGUGUUUCUGAAAAACAGUAACGAUGCCCUGGCAUGGGAAGAGACAAGAAGUGAGGAUGAAAGAUGGAAGACAGGGAAAAUUCAGUUGUAUCAAGGAACUGAUAUGAUCAAAAGUAUCAUUUUUGAAGCUGAACGUGGCAAGGGCCAAACCGGAGAAAUUGCAGUGGACGGAGUCUUGCUCGUUUCAGGCUUAUGUCCAGAUGGCCUUUUAUCUGUGGACAAUUGA